ACAAUAAGUACAAUCAUGUUUAUCUUCAAAUCAAAACUAAACGUUAAAUUCAUUUAGUUAGACAAGUUUCUUAUACCGCUAAUCCCCUGUUGUCCGCAUAUAAAUUAUAUCAGGACAAAAUGAGUCGUCUUCAGCAGCAAAGGAAAUCACAGAUGAUUCCUGUGGAAUGGUCUGUCCAGAAGACAGGACCAGGAACAUCUGGUUAUAUGAAUGACCCACAGAAUACAUUCGCCAUCGAAGCACAGAUGGCUCAGGAGGCCCGCCAAAAGAUUCAAGCCCGACUGACCGUGGCAACAUUAUUUCAGCAAUACAGGGCUCGGCUAAUUUCCAGAAGAAAUUAUAUCACUGUAACCUCAGACCCUGCGUCUGUGGAAGAGAAGAUUUGCCUCACUGUGUAUGAAAACAAGAAAGUUGUGCCACUCACUGUGAAGAACUCUGGUGCCAAUCCAGUUUAUUUAACUCUUUGGGUAUCUGACCUUGUAAAAAAGAUUUUCACUGUCAGUGACUGUCAUGGAUACUUUAACAAGACUAUCAAGCAACACACUCUUCAACCAGGAGAGGCCUAUAAGAUCAGGGUCCAUUUCAAUGCUGAACAUCCAGGCUUCUAUGAGCAGUUACUGGUCUUUAAGUUUAAAACAGAUCCGCUGUCCUCAGAUAUGUUUGAGAUUAUGCGCCUCUUAGAAGUCAUGCAUCAGACAUCUUUUAAUGAAGAGGUUCUCCCGACAGUCACAAACUCCCUGCGUACCCUCCAAACUGUGGAGCAGGUACCUCCUGCAGGUGUUGUAUUGAUGUGGCUGAAGACUGAGGUUCCUUUGAAGAAAUAUCCGAUGGCCGACAAUAUAAAAUACCUCAGUAAAUCAGACACGAAUCUAUUUAUGGACCUGGAGAUGAGAUCUCUGAACUGGACGAACUACUCCCAGAGGUUCCACUUGCUACUGCAUCUCGAGGAGCUCCAGCUGAGGACAGAUAUAGAGAAAUACAACCAGGAUGAUGUGGUCAUGUUCAGACACAAAAACAACGCAGACCUUAUCGUUUUCCCGAUUGCAGGUGUCUCUUACAACUCGCCGGCGAAGCUGUCUGGGAACCAGGUGCUGGUGACUCCUUUAGAGCAACGAGUUUUCAGAAAUAAAGUUUACAAAGGCUGGAUCCAACAUGCGGAUGUGGAGCAGAUCUACCUAAAAUUCAAUGACGAGUUCCUGAGUCAGUUCAAGAACGGCACGAGGUUUAGCAUUACCUUCGUGAUCAACCGUAUGCCACUGUGCAUGCAGCAUAGAGCAGCAGCACUGGUGUACAAACACAGAUUGAGGGAGGUGCUGUUCCCUACUGGACAACUUUCUUCCCACCAUUCACAUCUACAGAGGCUGGUAGGGCUUGAGAGCAACCCUGAGCAGUGCAAGGCCAUUCAACACAUUGUAGCUGGUACUGCGAAACCUGCCCCUUACCUGUUAUUUGGUCCACCUGGCACAGGCAAAACAGAGGCUUUGGUGGAAGCCAUCAGGCAGAUAGUAAAGACCCAGCCCUCAAGCACCAUUCUAGCCUGUGCUCCCUCCAACAGUGCAACUGAUCACCUCUGCGAGAAGAUUCUGGCAGGAAAGAUAGACAACCACAAGUUGUAUCGUUUGUAUGCCGUCCACUGCUCUGUGAAAAAUAUUCCCACAAAUGUAAAGUUUUGCUGCAACCUGGACCCACUCACAAACAUGCUUAUAGUUCCUCCCAAAGAGGAGCUGGUGAAGUAUAAGAUCAUUGUCACCACCCUGCUAAAUGCAGGAAGACUAGUGACAGGAGGGAUACCUCCAGGUCAUUACACUUAUAUCUUUGUGGAUGAGGCAGGCCAGGCUGCAGAAACAGAGUGUAUCAUCCCUAUAGCAGGUUUACUAAAACCAGAUACAUGCCAGUUAGUGCUGGCUGGAGACCCUAAACAGUUAGGGCCCAUCAUCACAUCCAGAAUGGCAAAGAAACAUGGCAUGGGUGUGUCCUUGUUGGAGCGUCUGAUGAGGGACAUUGACCUGUACAAGUCACACGAGGAGUACGGGUUCAACAGCCGCUUUGUCACCAAAUUACUGAGGAACUACAGGUCCCAUCGUGCAAUUCUGACAAUUCCCAAUGAGCUCUUUUAUAAAGGAGAACUUCUACCACAUGCUCCAAAAAAGAAAUGUAAUUCAUACUGCAAAUGGAACCGGCUGCCCAAGGAAGGUUUCCCUUUGAUCUUCCAUGGAGUGGCAGGUAUUAAUGAACGUGAUGCCAACAAUCCCUCCCUUUACAACGUAGCAGAGGUGGAGGUGUUAAAGGAAUACUUAAAAUCCAUCUUUGACCAUCUUCACAAAAAGGGUGUGACCAAAAUUCAAUCAGGAGAAAUUGGCAUCAUUACCCCGUACAGAAAACAAGUGGAGAAAAUCCAGACUGCCCUUCAGAUGGACAAAGAUCUCAGGAAGGAAGACUUGGAAAACAUCGAGGUUGGUUCAGUGGAGCAGUUUCAGGGCAAAGAGUUCAAUGUGAUUCUGGUGUCUACAGUGCGUAGCAAUCCCAAACUGUCUGCACAGAAGGAACGGUUCACUUUAGGCUUUGUUUCUAAUGAGAAGAGGUUCAAUGUGGCCAUGACCCGAGCCCAAGCUCUGCUGAUUGUGGUGGGAGACCCGAGAGCCUUGAAAACUGACAAUAUCUGGAACAAGUUUAUCUAUUACUGCUUCAGAAACGGGGCUUACCGUGGCAUUACAGUCUCUGAUGUCGAGGAAGAGGAAAAAGCACUGACUACAAUACACUCUUGGGCACUCUGUGAAGAGUGACAACAGGUGGAUCCCUAUUGGAAGACCUUGCUCACAGAUCUUGAGCUAAUCAACAUAAAAAAAUAGACUAAAAAUAAAGAGCUGGAUGACAAACUGACAACUAAGUGUGCACUCACAAAUAUCUUUUUCACUCAGGACACAGACACAAGACAACACUGCCUGUUUAAAAGCAUAUUAUGUUAUAUCAAUUAUGUUUAAUUUAAAUUUAA